AUGGCCUCGGAUAAGAUUAAAGUUGCUGUGCGAGUUCGUCCUUUUAACAGGCGAGAACUGGAGCUCGGUACGGUAUGCGUGGUGGAUAUGGAUUCGCAGCAGACGAUUCUACAAUACCCGCAGUCGACUCACGACAAAGAAAGAUUAAGAACACAAGAUAAAGAGCAGAACACAGAAGGAACUGCCUUUAUUAGCAUGACGGGGUAA